AUCGCCGCUCACUUGGAGAGGAACGCAAGCCAGUAAGUCACCUGAGGAAGGAAGAAGGGCCGAAGAGAGGGGAAAAAAGAAAAAAAAAAAAAAAAGGGAUUUUUUUUUGGCGCAUUAUUUCCUUUUUUUUUUGGGUGCAAUUAAGCGGAAAGACACCAUUUUCCUCAGUUUCUCCGCCACCCAUCUCCGUCUUCUUCGUAUAAAUCGAACCCGUUCACCCAAUUCUUCCGUUCAUUUCCCACCCAGUAAUCUCUUCUUCUCUCAAAAGGGGUGUUCUGCAUCCUUGGUUUCUUGAUUUACCAGCUCCAAUGGCUGCAACUUUUCAAGGAUUGGGAGCCGCCACGGCUCUUUCCCUCUCCGGUUCCUUCGAUUCCAAGAGACUCCACCUCCUCUCCCGCAGAUCUCUCUCAGGGAGAAAGACUAACUUCCUCGUGGUGAGAUCAGAUGGGCGUAUUGUUUCCAGUUCGAUGCCUGCUCGUCGGUCACAGCAAUUCAUCGCCAAUGCAGUUGCUACGAAGGCCGAUCAGGCUGCUGCCUCAACAGCAUCUAAGUCCGGUCAUGAACUCCUGCUCUUUGAAGCCCUAAGAGAAGGCCUGGAGGAAGAAAUGGACCGAGACCCUACAGUCUGCGUGAUGGGGGAAGAUGUGGGCCAUUAUGGAGGAUCUUACAAGGUCACCAAAGAUCUGGCCAACAAGUACGGAGACCUGCGGGUCCUGGACACCCCAAUCGCUGAGAACUCGUUCACAGGCAUGGGCAUUGGGGCUGCCAUGACGGGCCUGAGGCCUGUGGUCGAGGGCAUGAACAUGGGCUUCCUCCUGCUUGCUUUCAACCAGAUCUCCAACAAUUGUGGGAUGCUUCACUACACAUCUGGUGGCCAGUUCAAGAUCCCAAUUGUGAUCCGCGGGCCCGGUGGUGUGGGCAGGCAGCUCGGAGCGGAGCACUCCCAGCGGCUCGAGUCGUACUUCCAGUCAAUCCCGGGGAUUCAGAUGGUCGCUUGCUCAACUCCCUAUAACGCUAAAGGUCUGAUGAAGGCUGCCAUUAGGAGCGAGAACCCAGUCAUUCUGUUCGAGCAUGUUCUCCUCUACAACCUUAAGGAGAGGAUUCCUGAUGAGGAGUAUGUGCUAAACCUCGAGGAGGCUGAGAUGGUGAGGCCAGGGGAGCACGUCACUAUCCUCACCUAUUCCCGGAUGCGGUACCAUGUGAUGCAGGCGGCAAAGACCCUGGUGAACAAGGGGUACGAUCCAGAGGUGAUCGACAUCAGGUCACUCAAGCCAUUUGAUCUCCACACAAUUGGGAACUCCGUGAAGAAGACCCACCGUGUCUUGAUUGUGGAGGAGUGCAUGAGAACCGGUGGGAUUGGAGCUAGCUUGACCGCUGCCAUCACUGAGAACUUCCACGAUUACUUGGACGCCCCAAUUGUCUGCUUGUCCUCCCAGGACGUCCCCACACCAUAUGCAGGGACACUGGAGAACUGGACUGUAGUCCAGCCUGCUCAGAUUGUGACCGCUGUGGAGCAGCUCUGCCAGUGAGUCCGGUAAUACUGUUUGGAGCAGGAGCCAAAUUUUGGUGAAGUAUUCUAGUCUCUCUUGAGUUCCAAGUCGAGGAAAAGGAUGCCGAGCUGUUACCUGUUGAUUGCUGAUACCAUGUUGUAAGGUGUUUGGCCUGUCAGUUGUUACGACAUUGCCGUGGUUUUGCUACUUCAUGUGUUUGAAGUUUCAAGAUUGCAUUGGAUUGGAUGAGCUUAUGGUGAUUAUUAGUUCAUUAAGAGACAUGAUACCAUAUUUAUGAACAGAAGCUAUAGAACCAAAUAUUCUUUUGAAACA